AUGAGGAGCAGAGGGGAAAUGAUGGAGAAGCGGAAGAGCCCCCCGUCGCCCCCUGCUGCCCCGGAGGAGCCAAGCCCUCCCCCCUCUGCCUCCACGCCUCCCACCCUUUCUCCAGUCAGUGGGGAGGAUGCGGCAGAGGCCAGCCCGCCCCCCGCCAGCCCCACCUCCUCCUCUCCCCAGACCCGGGGGAGCCCUUUCCCCGAGCCCCCCACGGCCCCGAUGCCCCACAGCAUCCCGGUCAUCAGCCUGGGCCACAGCAAGCCCCCCGCCCACCCGGAGGUCCCCACCACCCAGCUCACCGCCCUGCACCCCAUCCCCAGCCUCCUGCAGCUCUCCGCCCUGCCCCACGGCCCCCCGCCGCCCCCUCUGCCUCUCGCUGGAGCCAGGAGCCCGCUCCUGCCCCCGCCGUACCAGCCCCACCCCUUCCUCAACAGCAUCUACAUCGGCAGCUCCGGGACUUUCGGCCUCUUCCCCAGCAACCGCCUCAAGCGCCGGCCGAGCCACUAUGAGCAGGAGAUCACGGAGGGUCUGCAGCCCCAGAAGGUGGCGCGCCGGGUCUUCACCAACAGCCGGGAGCGCUGGCGCCAGCAGAACGUGAACGGGGCCUUUGCCGAGCUCCGCAAGCUCAUCCCCACGCACCCGCCGGACAAGAAGCUGAGCAAGAACGAGAUCCUCCGCCUGGCCAUGAAGUACAUCAACUUCCUGGUCAAGCUGCUGAGCGACCAGGCCAGGUCGGCCGGGGGGGACCCUCUGGACGUGGAGACCCCCUGCAACGGGAUUCCGGGGACCCCUUCCCCGCCCACCUCCAUCAAGCUGGAACGGGUGGCCGUUGAGCCGCUGGCCGUGCUGGGAGCGGGAGAGACGCGGUGAUGAGCGACCCGGCCGGGCAGUAGGACCGUCGAGUGUGCCAAGGGGUGCCAACAGGUGCCACGCGGACUCUCACGCAGCACGGAGGGGAACUUCCUGGCCUGCGCGUCCGUUCCUGGGAUAUUUCGUGCUGGGGCCAAAGGCCGUUGGAUGUUCCCGUGACCUUUGGAAUCGGAACCUACGGGUGUUGCUCAAGGGGCCACAAAGGGACAGAGGGGAGGCUGCGCUUGGGGGGUGUUUGUGGGGCAGUUAAGAGUGCGCUCCUAUGUUCCUGCCCUCCAUGUGGCUUGUUUCCAGGACAGCUCGGGGCGGGGGGUGGGGGCGGCUGUACUGGAAGCCUGAUUAGUGCCCACCACCCUUGUCUGCCGCUGAGAGGGCCUUCUGGCCGGAGCUUCACCCAGCUUGGGGAGAAAAGACUCUCGGGAACGUCU